AUGUGGAACGUGAUAAACAGGGAGCUCGCUAGAAAACCUAGCGAACCUUUAGACUUCACCGAAUUGAUAAAGGUGUGUAACGGUGUCCCGGUGACGAGCAAGCAGGAGGUGGCGGACGCGCUGAACGCGGAGUUCGUGGGCGCGGCGGCGGCGUGCGGCGCGCCGCGCGCCGACGUGCGCGCCGCGCUGGCCGCGCUCGGCGCCCGGGCACCGCCGCUGGACCGCUCGAUACGAUUUCAACCGUUUACCCCUGGUGAAGUAGCGAAAAUAAUGCAGGUUGAAAUAGCGCCAAAAAAUAGCCAGGAUAUAUACGAACUGUCACCGAGCAUUCUUAAGUUUGUGAAGAUAGCGCCCUUGUAUAAAGGGAAGGGACAAAAAAGUGCUGGUAAGUCGUACCGUCCAAUCUCUUUAGUACCAGCUUUGAGUAAAGUAAUGGAAGUCGGUCUCAACCAGCGCUUAUUGUCCUUCUGGCUAUCUCAAAACGUGAUAUCGGAUCGGCAGUACGCGUACCAAAGAGGUUGCAACUCGACGGACUUGGUGCGCGAGGUAAUCUGGGCCGUGAUGAGGGCGCGUGAGGCCGGGCGGCUGGCGGCCGUGCUGUGCUGCGACCUGUUGCGCGCCUUCGAUACUGCUGACCACAAUCUCGUCGAGGCCAAGCUGGAUCACUAUGGCUUCCGUGGACCCGCGCUCAAGGUCCUAGUGUCCUUUAUGAGGAACAGAACCCAGACAGUGGUGGGGGAUCGAGGGAGAGUACGGUCUGCAGAGCAACGUAGCAUAAUGGGGGUCCCACAGGGCUCCUGUCUGUCGAAUACACUGUUCACAGUACUUCUUAACGACUUACCGGGUGCCCUUGAAGGUACCGAAGUGUUUAUGUACGCUGACGAUGUGACCGUAGUGACCACAGCCCCGAACGAACAACUACUGGAAGAGGCCCUGAAUGACACCGUACAUAAAUUGUAUAUUUGGUUUGCGCAAAACGGUUUAUCGUUGAAUACAGAAAAAACCUGCUUUCUACGAGUAAGCCUAAAUGGCCACCCUAGCUCUGACCUCAAGAUCCACGAAGGGAACACCAACAUUCAGCAAGUCAUGACGACCAAACUACUCGGCUUUGUACUGGACAGCUCAUUGUGUUGGCGGGACCACAUCGAUGCCUUAUGUGCGCGACUAGGUCAAGCAUGCUACGCACUGCGACGCCUUGCUUCGACGGCCAGCAGAUACGUGGUCAGAUCAUGUUAUUUCGCCACCGUGCAUUCGAUACUUUCAUACGGCACUGAGCUAUGGGGUCGUGCGGCGGAUUUCGACCGUGCCUUUCGAAUGCAGAAGCGUGCUGUGCGAGGCAUUGUUGGUAUUCGCAGUGACGAAUCAGCUCGCGACCACUUCAAAGACCUUCGUAAGAAAUCAUAA